AUGAACAGCGAGGACGCGGCCACGCGCGCAGCCAAGCGCAAGCACGCCACCUCGGGCGGCCGCAAGCUGCUGCGCUGGGACGCCGCGCGCUGGCAGCUGUUCGAGCGCACGCUGCCGUACACGACGCGCCUCAAGAGCGCACCGCUUUUACACCUGCGCGCCCCGCUCGCGUCUAUAGAUCCAUAUUUCCAGUCGAAAGAGUCACGCGCCGUCGGUGGUGAUGGAGCAAUCGAUUAUCGGCACGCGCUCGGGGUCUGUUGUGAAUGUGGGCUCGUGAUUGACGCGACAGGCGGCGACACGUAUCUGCACGAUGUCAAGUGGUUGCGGUUGUGGUUGUGCUGUGGGGGGUGA